ACCCAACCUCAGCAGCGCAGACCGACCAAGCCAGCAUGUCCGCCGACGACGCCCACCUUCAGCUCCUCUACCAGCCCCAUCUGGCACACAACGCCGCAUCGCUAUCUACGCUCAAAUGGCUCUGCACUUCCUUUGCAGGCUCGGUCGCCGGUGUCCUAGGGCUCGAGAACUACUGGGGCUUCGCUCUCUUCUUCGCCAGCAUCCUCCUUACAACGGCCGUCGUCUGGAGCAUACAGUGUAAAGGCGAUGUGGACCGCUAUGUUCAGGGAGGAUGGUGGGAGAUCAUCAACCCUGGACAGGAGAAUAUUGCAAGUUUCAUCCUGUUCUGGACGCUGUUUUAUGGUCUCGUACAUGUUUAUGAUUGAACUUGCGAUCGACUGAAUAUACCCGCGCUCUUGAUACCCAACACUU